AUGGCAUUACUUCGCUUCGAUUUGACUAAAUCGAUGCCUUUGUUCAUUUCCCGCGUUUAUGUUUCUUUUGUUCCUCCUCAGAUUGCACACUGGUUAAAAAUCUGCCCAGGUGCGGCACAAUUUAGAUUCGCUGAAUUGAUGGAGUCGAACAAAGACCCCUUUGUAGAGCGGGCAGAGGGACCGAUCGACGUCACCGAGGUGGCUAAGCAUGCUUCUGAGAGUGAUUGCUGGAUUAUAUACAAAGGCAAAGUAUAUGAUGUUACCCGUUAUUUGGAUAUUCACCCAGGAGGGAGACAGCACUUGUUGGACUAUGCCGGUAAGAAUGUAACAUCCGAAUUCUUAGAAGUUCAUCCUUGGGUUAAUUGCGAAUUUUUGCUUAAAUCGCUACUCGUUGGAGAACUCAAACCCGAAAAUUCUUCGGAACCGGCACCAAACGACUCCUAG